AUGCUUUCUUGCGCACCGUUUGGAGUUGGCAACCCCAUCGUCUCCCUCUUUCCCACUCCUCUUGCUACUCUUACUCUUACAAAGUUCAGCAACCGUGAAAAUUUCCUCAAACGCUCCUCAAUUUCCGCGGCUAAUUACCAGUCCCACAAAAUAUCACAGGCCCACUACGACAGUCUUAGGGUUUUGGAAUGGGACAAGCUCUGCGAUUCCGUUGCCUCCUUUGCUCGUACUUCCUUAGGCCGCGAAGCCACUAAGGCACAGCUAUGGUAUUUGAAUCAGACAUACGAAGAAAGCCUCAGACUUUUGGACGAAACCAAUGCGGCCGUAGAAAUGCGCAAGCACGGUGCUUGCUCUCUGGAUUUUAGCGGCCUCAAUGUCGUUUUGGUGCAAUCUGCCAUACAACAUGCUCGGAGGAGUUCACCACUGGAUGGGAACGAAGCGUUGGCUGUUGCGGCUCUGCUACAGUGCGCAGAGGUUUUACAGAGUAAUCUUAAGGUUGCAAUCAAGGAAGAUGCAGAUUGGUACACACGUUUUAUGCCUCUUUCACCAGUGAUAAUGGGAUUUGUCAUUAACCGAUCACUCGUUAAGCAGAUACAGCAAGUUAUAGAGGAAGAUGGCAGUGUUAAAGACUCUGCGAGUCCUACUCUGAAACGAUUACGCAAUCAAGUUCGGACACUUGAGGGAAAGAUAAAUCAGUUAAUGAACAGCCUAAUUAGGGAUGACAGUGAAACACCCUCUCUGGAAGUGAGUACUGUUGAUGGCAGGUGGUGUAUAAAAUCCAGUGCUAGCGAACUGACAAGUUUUAAGGGUCUCCUAUUGCCCAGUAGUUCAGGCAUAGGAAGCAUCGUUGAGCCAUUAUCUGCUAUCCCUCUAAAUGAUGAGUUGCAACAGACAAGGGCUCUAGUAUCAGAAGCUGAGGCAGAAGUUCUCUUAACGUUAACAGAAAAGAUGCAAAUGGAUCUUGAUAACAUUGAACAACUAUCAAACAGUAUAAUCCAACUGGAUGUGGUCAAUGCCCGAGCAACUUAUGGUCUAGCAUUUGGUGGAACAUGUCCCAAUCUAUUUCUACCAGGAGGGCUUGGCUCUUUCACUUCUGAUACCUACUUAUCAGGGAACAGACAUCCACAACAAUCCGAUCCCUCAAAGAAUGAAUGGGUGUUGUAUCUGCCAAAGGCUUAUCAUCCUCUACUACUUCACCAGCAUAGACAAAAUUUACAGAAGGCCAGGAAAGAUUUAAAAAUUGCCACUAUGGAAAUCAAAAGAAAACUGCAAGGAGAGUAUGUUACACAGAAAGCAGGAAAAAAUAUAGAUAUUUCAUCCUUAGAGUUGAAGGCUAUAGAACUGGAACAGGUUAAACCAAUUCCAGUUGAUUUUUUCAUAGCUCAAAAAACUCGAGUUUUGGUUAUCACUGGCCCUAAUACGGGGGGUAAAACCAUUUGCCUAAAGACCGUAGGAUUGGCAGCUAUGAUGGCAAAAUCAGGCCUUCAUGUUUUGUGUUCUGAAUCAGUACAAAUCCCUUGGUUUGAUUCAGUUUUUGCUGACAUUGGCGAUGAACAAUCCCUGACCCAAUCACUUUCUACCUUUUCCGGCCACUUAAAACAUAUAAGUGACAUCCAGUCACAGUCAACAAGUGAUUCACUCGUGCUACUGGAUGAGGUUGGUGCAGGAACAAAUCCCCACGAAGGAGCAGCACUGGGGAUGUCUCUAUUGGAAUCUUUUGCUGAAACUGGUGCUUUGUUGACAAUUGCUACAACACAUCAUGGGGAACUCAAAACCCUGAAAUACAGCAAUGACGCCUUUGAAAAUGCAUGUAUGGAGUUUGAUGAUGUGAAGUUAAAGCCAACUUACAGGAUUCUCUGGGGAGUACCAGGGCGUUCAAAUGCAAUCAAUAUAGCUGAAAGGUUAGGACUACCUGGUAAAGUAGUAGAUAAUGCCCGCGAACUAUAUGGUACAGCUAGUGCGGGGAUAGAUGAGGUCAUAAUUGAUAUGGAACGGUUAAAGCAGGGCUUUCAAAAGCUUUUAUAUGAAGGACAGCAUCAUCUGAUGCUCUCAAGAGAGUCGUAUGAGAAACUGUUGGUUGCCAAAAGGAAGACUAUGGAACAUAGUAAUGAUCAAAGACUUAGGAAAAUGAGAGAAAUAUCUGAGGCUGCUGCUAUGGCUCGUUCUAUCCUUCACAAAAAAGUAAGACAGCACCGUGCAUCACUGGUUCAACCUUUGCAGCCUACUUUAACGCAUAAAAGCCAGCACAAAUUGGAAACUAACAGUCAACGCACAACUGAUGAUAAACAUAAAAUGGAAAGGAGUGCAUCCUCUUUAUCAUCAUCAGAGAAGUUUGAGAUUCCCAAGGUUGGCAAUGUGGUGUUUGUUUCUUCCCUUGGUAAGAAAGCGACAGUUUUAAAAGUGGAGCCUUCUAAAGAAGAAAUCGUGGUUCAAGCUGGAAACAUGAAGUUGAAAUUGAAACUAGACGACAUUAAGACGUGA